AUGAGACUCUCUGAUUCGUGGUUACCUCGAGAGUACCAGAAACUUACUCUACUUCCCACAGAACUGAGAGAAAACAGAAAGAGAAUAAGAAACGUAUCCAAUGAAUUAAAUGAUGAUGACGGUACGGCCAUAAGUGAUUUUGAAACUCAAACCUCGGUGCAUUCGGAUCAGAAGGAUGUUUUGUCGUUAAUACAUCCACCAAAACGUCGUCUUACCAGUGUUAUGUCUCCCAUAGUUAAUGAAGUUGAAGAUGAGGACACUCCUAUGGUUGGAGUCGAUGUUAAUGUUAGACAAAUGGACCUUACUCCAGGUAACGAAGAACGUACUACCACUAUUAAUGCUUCUACUGCUGUUUCUGAUAAAUCUCCUUCAUCAAAUACCCCAGAUUCGAUACCAGAAUAUGAAGAUAACGAUAACCAACCCCAACAAUUACCCUUACCUUCACCAAGUGCAUCUCCAGUUCAAACCGGACCUUCCAAAGCAGGAUAUGACCCCAUGGAGAAUUUACUAAUAAAUUCACCUCAAACCCAAGGAGAAUUAUUGGAUUUAAUCUCUAAUCUUUCGGUUCAUUUGAAUGAAAGAAAUCAAAAUUAUCUCAUUUUUAAACUCCUCCAAAACGUCAACAGGCGUACUUUGAGUAUGAUCACAGAUAUUUUGUAUGGUAGUUUGAAAAGAGAUUUGAUUAGCGGGCUACCUCCAGAAAUAACCGUGAGAAUCCUUUCUCAUAUGGAUUAUAAAACUUUAGGUGCCAUGUCUCAGGUAUGCAAAAGUUGGAAUAACAUCGUCAAUAAUAAGAAGUUGUGGAUAGACCUAUUGGUUAGAGAUAAGCUUAUCACUCCAGAAUGUAUUGAAAAGGAAAUUAACGACCCCAAAUUACUUGAAGAUUGGAACUUCUUUCCUAAAUAUUCCAAUAUUGGUCAAGUUUUAUACCGUAAACGUCGUACCAUCUUAAGACGAUGGAUGGACCCAACUUAUGAACCAAAGCGUAUAAGUGUACCUGGACAAGGUAAGAAUUUGGUUACUUGUCUUCAACAAGAUGAAGAGAAGAUUGUCACUGGAGUUGAUGAUAAGUUGAUCAAUAUUUAUUGUCCCAAAACAGGCAAACUCUUGAAGGUUUUAAAAGGUCAUGAUGGUGGAGUGUGGGCCCUUAAAUAUACUGGCAAUACUCUUAUAAGUGGUUCAACUGAUCGUACAGUAAGAAUUUGGAAUACUAAAACUGGGAAAUGUACCCAUGUCUUUAGAGGGCAUACCUCCACUGUGAGAUGCUUAGAUAUUUUACACCCAGUUAAAAUAGGUGUUGAUGAAAAUGGGGAAGACAUUAUUUUUCCUAAACAGCCUUUAUUGGUUACUGGUUCAAGAGAUAGCAAUCUUCAUGUUUGGAAGUUACCACUAGUCAGUGAAGAUGAAGAUGAUGAUGAUAUGGAUAUACCAACUAUUGAUAGCAAUGAACUGAGUAACCAGCAUUUGGUGGGAAUAUUACUGGGCCACACACAAUCUGUUCGAACUGUUUGUGGGUAUGGGAACAUUAUAGUUUCUGGGUCAUACGAUACUACUGUUAGAGUUUGGGAUUUAAUGGAUGGGCCAACUGGUUCAUGUAAAUUUGUUUUCACUGGUCAUUCUGAUCGGAUUUAUACUACGGUAUUAGAUUAUUCGAAAAAGAUAUGUUAUUCUGGGUCUAUGGAUUCCAAAAUAAGUGUUUGGAGUAUUGAAACCGGCAAGUUGAUUCGAGUCCUUGAAGGGCACUGUUCAUUGGUUGGGUUACUUGAACUUUCAGAUAAUUAUCUUGUUAGUGGAGCAGCAGAUGCCACAUUAAGAGUAUGGAAUCCAGAAACGGGUGAAGGUAUAUAUCAAUUUGAAGGUCAUAGUGGUGCUAUAACAUGUUUCCAACAUGAUUCACUUCGAACUGUUAGUGGGAGUGAAAAAAUGUUAAAGCUUUGGGAUAUGGAAACUGGAGAAUUUGUACGAGAUUUAUUACAUGAUGCCACUGUGGGAAUCUGGCAAGUUAGGUUUGAUUUCAAUCGUUGUGUCGCAGCCGUUCAAAGAACUCAAGAUGAAACGUUUAUUGAAAUCUUGGAUUUUAGUGAACCACCUAAGAAACCAAUUGAAGAAACAAAGAAAGUAAUUGAAGAGAUUUAUUGA